AUGGCAAUCACGAUCCCCAGUACCCUCAAAGCCGUAGCACUCAAACAAAUCGCUUUCAAAUGCGGCAUCUCAAUCUCCGGCACCAAACCCGUCCUCACGCAACGAAUACAAGAUGAGCUCCCAAAAAUCACCCUCCCGGGCGCGGACCCAUCAUCCGCCACCUCCAAACCCUUGCGCAUUCUAAGCAUUGACAUGGGAAUCCGCAAUUUCUCCUACUGUCUCCUCGAAAUACCUCUCCCCUCCAAAUCUCCCAAGAACAAACGAAAAUCAACCCCUCCAAUUCCCAUCCUUCAAUCCUGGCAAAAACUCUCGCUUCUUCCUCAAGCCCCUCCAAAUACAAAUCCUGCUACCAACGAAAAACCUCGCAAUGAAUUUACACCCGCUAUUCUCAGCACGGCAGCAUAUACAUUGCUUCGCCACACACUUCUUCCUCUCUCUCCAACACACAUCUUAAUUGAGCGACAGCGCUUUCGAACCCAUGGAGCGAAACAAAUCCUCGAGUGGACAAUCAGAGUCAACAUGUUAGAAAGUAUGUUAUGGGCGACACUCAAAACAUUAUCCGAGGAAAAAGUAUGGGAAGGAGAAGUAAUUGAGAUUGCGCCGAGGAAAGUAGGUACAUUCUGGGUAGAGGAAAGCGGAUUACUAGACGGAGAGGAAGGAGAAGAAUUCAGAAUAGUCCGAAACACGAAAGAAGUGUACGCGAGGAGUAAAGGGGCAAAGAUAGAUUUAGUAAGAAGAUGGUUGGAAGGCGGGGAAAAACGAAAGGCUCAAAAACAUAACGAGAUGGUCAUUAUAGGAAGCCAACAGGUUCAAGACAUAAAGGAGAGAUAUACAGAAAAAUGGGAUCGCAAAGCCGGGAGAGCAAACGGAAAUAAACCCAAGAGCAAAUCAUCCCAUCGUUCAGCAUCAGCCGUAGCGCAAAAGAAAAAAGAAAAAGAAAAAAAAGAGGAGAUGGGUAAACUAGACGAUUUAGCAGAUUCUCUUCUACAAGGAAUGGCAUGGCUUAAAUGGCAAGAAAAUAGAAAGCGCGCGUUGGAAGAAGGUGUAGAGAUUCUACUAGAUUACUAA